AUGCCCCGGCGCAUGCGGAUGAUAGAUGAGGAGACCCUUCGCGACGAGAUUCGGGAGAAUCCGAAAUCGACCCGGUGGGUGAGUAAGCGGGGCCUCGUGCGGAAGAAGCAGGGGGGUGGCAAGGGGAAGGGUGGUGCGGUUGACGGAGGCCAGGCUCGAGAGAGGCGUACACGAGACAGGUACGAGAGAGAGAAGCAUCAGAGACAGAUGUCUGAGAUAGACGCGCUUGCUAGGAAGAUGCAUGCGCGGGAGAUGUACGAGAGAGAGAAGCAUCAGAGACAGAUGUCUGAGAUAGACGCGCUUGCUAGGAAGAUGCGUGCGCGGGAGAUGUACGAGAGAGAGAAGCAUCAGAGACAGAUGUCUGAGAUAGACGCGCUUGCUAGGAAGAUGCAUGCGCGGGCGAUGCAUGAAACACAAGUGCACACGCAGGAGUUGUAUGAGAGCGAGAAGCGUGAGAGGGAAAACCUUGAGAGAGAGAUGCUUGAGAGCGAAAAGCUUGAGAGAGAUUUACGCGCCCGGGAGAUUCAUGCGCGAGAGAUGCACGAUGGACAGACGCUUGGCCGUGGUUAUGAGAGACAAAUGAAUGACAGAGACAUGCCUGAAAAGGGGAGGAGAAAUCACCCUCCCUCCGACCAUGGUCGCCGUUCUGACCCACACCACCACGCUGACUACGAAGACGAAUAA